AUGUGGUAUCGUCAUCUUCAAGAAGCAGAUGAUGACGAGAAGGAGAGUAUUCAUUUGGCGAAGUUUUCUGAUGCAUUCCGCACAUCUGUUGCACCUGUACCCAGCACUUCAGCUGGUCCAAAUGACUUGAAAUGUCGGAGUGAAUCUAACAACAAUGACAACGACAACAGUGUACCCUGCAAACGAGAUCGAUCAGAAGAUGUCAUGGAGCAGGACACAAAUUCUACUAGUCGACAAGGCUCACCAGCACCAUCUCUUUGUGAUGAUCUCCCAGAUCUUAAUCCCCCAGAGCCAGAUCUUAAUCUCCUGGAGCCAGACUUCCAUCCUCCAGAGCCAGACUUUCCUCCACCAGAGCCAGACUUUCAUCUGCCAGAGCCAGACUUUCCUCCGCCAGAGCCAGACUUUCCUCCCAUGCAACACCAACCAGACCCAUGCCCGGACCAACAACAGCCACUCGAUCGCGAGCACAGACAUAGCCCACUCUGGGACUUGGACCUAGAUGAACUGUCUAAUAUGGCACGCAUUCCAAAGCUCCAACAGGAUAUGCUGUUCAUUCAUGCACUUCGGGAAGCUCACUUAGAUGAUGGUGUUGGACUCAAAGGCGAGGCUCUUGAGAGGCUCCGUAAUCCCCCUUCCUACCCAGCAACUGUUGAUGAUCCUGCUGUCGACUUCGCACUCUCAAUGUUUCUCGCACUCGAACACUCUUCAGAAGCAGCUUAUGAAGAAAUACGAACUGCAGCUCAUCGAUGCUUCCCAGAAUCUGAUAUACCCAGCCUCUAUUGA